AUGUCCGGCAAGCGGAUACUCGAUGCGAUUGCGCUUUUGAGUGUUUCCAAGAACAUCGCUGUCAAGCACUUCGACAUUCGGUUCGGUCAGGCCAAGGUGUAUAGCCAGUCAUCCUCUAUUGCAAAAGCCGUCCGGAGGAAAGGGUUACCUAUUCUAUCUACGGCAGUGUCACGAUUUGCUUCAUCCCAGUCUUCUUCGAAACCGCAGAAAGAGGGUAUCCUGCAGGACCAUUUCUACAAGCCUUCAGCUGAGAACACAGCAACCGAGUCUGCCGCCAGUGGAGAUCUGAAUGUCGAACAAGCACAGGCAGACAGGGCGCCGCUCCCGGAUGGCACAAUUCCACCGCAGGACAGUGCGAUAGGAGGCGAGGCCGGUGACGGUAUGACAUUCAACAAGGUGCCCGCGGGAGAAACAGCGCAGCAUCCAGUCGAGUCACAAGGGGCUCAAGAUAUACACUUCCAAUCGUCUACAAAGCCCAAUAUAUCAGGGUUCACGCCCGCCGAGUCUCUCGCCCCCAACCAAGCCAGAAACGAAGACCCAAUCCCUGCGCAGACCGCUGAACCGCCCUCGGCAGAAGACUCUGCCAAAGAGUUUGGCGUGGAGCAAGAGCAGGAUGUGUUCUACCAGCCGCCCGACAGUGUGACGCCUGUCUUGUCAGCAUUGCCUCGAGUCCGAGUACCCACAACAGAAAACGAUGUUCAGGAAGGAGAUUCACACAUCGAGCCUGGCCUCAAUGCCGACGUGUAUUACCACGGCUCAACUCGAGAGGUGGCUGCGGAUGAGCCUUCGGAAGAACAGCUGUCUCAGAUCUUCCACAAUCCCAAACACGCUAGAAUGUUUGCGCAGAAAGCCCAGUACGCUCCUGGUGGUGUUCAGCCUGGGGUGCAUCCAGCCUCGACUAGACGGCCUCGCAACUUCCACACCAUGACUAUUAGGCAUCAAAAGGCAUCUGACACAGAUACAGAGAGCCUCAAGCAGCUUGGUGCUGACCUGGCCAAGGAUGUCCAGAAAAUCAAUACCCAGCAACAGCAACCCUACCAGAUGCGGGAGUCAAAAGUGCCCUCCUCACGAGUGGGCCGCAUCUUCGAGUUCGGAGGGCUGGCCGCAUCCAUGGCUUUUGGCGCAGUGAGCGAAAGCAUCAGCCGCUCAGGAGGAGCCAAUGGCUCUCUGAUGCUGAGUGCGGCAAACAUGGAACGUCUUGUUGCCAAGUUGUCCAAAAUGAGAGGCGCUGCCCUCAAGCUAGGCCAAAUGAUGAGCUUUCAAGACUCCAAGCUGCUUCCCAAGCCCAUUCAUGAUGUGCUUCAACGUGUCCAGGAUAGUGCCGAUUACAUGCCUGCGUCGCAGCGUGACGCGGUGAUUGCUGCUGAUCUAGGUCCGAAUUGGCGGGACAAAUUGUUUCAGCAGUUUGAUGAGCGGCCGAUGGCUGCUGCGUCAAUUGGACAAGUCCAUGGUGCCGUGCUGCAGGAUGGGAGGAGAGUUGCCGUCAAAGUCCAGUACCCGGGUGUGGCGGACUCGAUCUCAUCUGACCUUAAUAACCUUUCUUUACUGCUCAGCGCGUCUCGUCUCUUGCCCAAGGGCCUGUACCUUGAGAAGACCAUAGCGAAUGCCCGAACAGAGCUCGCUUGGGAAUGCGACUACGUCCGCGAGGCAGAUGCAGCUAAACGAUUUGGCAGACUGUUGGCAGACGAGAAGGUCGUCUUCGCCGUGCCAGAGAUCAUUGAUGAAGCGUCGGGAGAGCGAGUCUUGACGAUGGAGCGGAUGGACGGAAUCCCAGUCACCAGAGUCCAGAACUUCACGCAGGAGCAGAAAGACUGGAUUGGCUCGCAGAUUCUUCGACUUUGUCUGCGAGAGAUUACCGAGUUCAGAUACAUGCAGACGGACCCCAACUGGACGAACUUUCUUUACAACGCAAAGACGAACAAGCUGGAACUCUUGGACUUUGGUGCAUCACGGGAAUUCCCAGAGCGCUUCAUCAACUUGUACGUCAAGACUCUCAUGGCGGCCUCGAGAAAGGACAGAAAGGCGUGCGGAGACCUAUCCGUACAGCUGGGCUACCUUACUGGCUAUGAAUCGAAGGCCAUGUACAACGCUCACAUCGACUCUGUCAUGACUCUGGCUGAACCGUUCAUGGACUUCAGUCCCGAUGUCUAUGACUUUCAGGACCAGACAAUCACCGACCGUGUACGAGAAUUGAUUCCAGUCAUGCUGAGGGAGCGACUCGCACCUCCACCCGAGGAGACGUACAGCCUGCAUCGCAAACUGAGCGGGGCUUUCCUGUUAUGCGCCAGGUUGGGCAGCCGCGUGCGCUGCAAGGAGUUGUUCGCGAAGGCGCUCACCAAAGCUGGCUUACGGUGA